CCUAUUAGCGAAACUUCAAGGACCUUUCGUUUGCUUAUCAAAUAUUCAUUUGGUUUGUACCGUAUCUAUCAGUGCAUAUUUGAACAAAGGUUACAUUUGAAGUAGCAGCGUAAAGCAGCCAUACAUCCAAGAAAGGAAAUCAGCUCUGUAUUUUCGUAUAAGAAACCCUAAAAAGCAAAAUUUUAAGGCUGUGUGCCGUUAGAAACCGACGUCACUGAUGGAAGCUAGCAUGGAGCAUAUCAGGUUUUUCGAGGAGCAGGCGAACAAGAAUGAGAAUUCCUCCAGAAAUGGACCCCCCACGAAUAAUUUUAGUGAUGGACAGCAGAAUGGAGUGAUGGAGAAGCCGAAACUUAAGAAGAUCACAAGAGAUAUGCCAAAGUGGCAAAGAGAUAAGAUACUGAAGGAGAACGAAAGAAUCAAGGAACAAAUAAAGAAAAUCGAAGAAAAAGAAAAAGAAGAGCAAAAUAAAUGGGUUGGGCUUCCGCCGUGGAAAGUAAAAAUUCUCAAGGAAAAAGAAGCCCUGCAGAAGCAAAAAGAAGAAGAAGAACGGCAAAUGCGAUUGAGGCAAGAAAAAGAAAAACAAGAAUGGGAAUCCCUCCCGCCUUGGAAAAAAAACCUCUUAGCAAUGAAAGGUGUUGCUCGUUUUACAAAGAAAAUCGAAGAAAGUCAGUCGACAGCUAACCAUGUUAUAAGUGCAGCUGACUCGGCCGAAGACAGGGAUUCGGAAAACAGUUCCGAUAUUCCGGAAGACUAUGGAGACAAUCCAGAGGAUAGCAUUGGAGAAGAUGACAUCGAGCAAGAGCAGGUUGAGAAUGGCUUGGAAGAAGAGGGAAAGGCUGCUGGAGAUGAAGAACAAGAGGAACAAGUGAAAGACGAUAACCAAGAGAACGGCCUUGAAAACUGCCACGAAGAAAGCCACAAGGACAAAGAUGCUGAAGAAGCUGAAGAAGAAGUCAAAGAAGAACACAAAGAAGAGGCUGAAGAAGACGGUAAAGAAGACGUUGAAAAAGACGUCGAAGAAAAGCCUGAAAAAGAAGAAUCCGAAGAAGUUGCUGAAGAAAACGUUGAAGAAAUGGCUGAAGAAGAAGUGAAACUGAUAGAGGUGGACUCUCCUACAGAGUGAUAUUUCAAGUAAUAAUUCGUAUAGUUCACUAAAUCCAAAAUAAAGUAUAUAAACUUUCCGGUUCAUGAACUUUUGGUGGUGUAUAAAGUUUAGAUACAAUUGGAUGCACGUUUAUUUAAUCAGUAGUUUAGUCAGACGCGACGCCAAAAUAAAAGAUAUGGAUUAUAAUAUUUUAAUAUGGCAAUAGAUAGCUCCCAAGUAGAUCAACUUUAUUGGCUUUUUUUACUUGAUUUUAUUCAAUAGUUAUAUCUUUUGUAAGUUUAUAAACGCCACAAAUUCUUAUUCCCGCUUUUUUAAAGCCAUUUCAGUGAAAUGUUUCCUAAGCUUUCAUGUUCAAAUAGCGAAAAAACGUAAUUGCUUUUUUUAUAGCUUUUAGUAAACGAUUUUUUGUAUUAAAAAUAUUUGCAAUUCUUGCGUUAGUGUUUCAGUCAUAUAGCGCACUUGUAUUAGCACAAUCAAUCAGUAUAUGCAAGAGAAAGAUUAGUUCAUAUUCUCUUGGUAUAUGUAAUGAUUUCAGUUUUUGGGGAAAAAUAACGUACCUUGAAAUAAAAGUAGCAUAAUAAAAA